AUGUUCUCAGAAUAUGCCUCGCGGUUUCUCGCUCAGUCACAGUCACGAGUAGCAACUCGCCCAGACGAGCUUCAAAGAACGGGUCGUGCUCGUCCCAACCAGCGUCGAGAAGGCAACUCACGAAAUCCAUCCGUAUUCAAAGACCCCUAUCGUCAGACAGGGUCCCAAAUUUCGAAUUUUCCUUUUGCCUCUCGGGCGUCGACUCAUGCUCCCCUGCUACGCAGUACUACCGAUGAGUUCCGGGAAGAGGAUGAGGAGACUGAGCGGGAACGUGACUACGCCGAUUUUAUUGCGCUGCAACGAUCCAGGCGUCAUUUUGGAGAUAGUCAUCUGAGAGAAUCAUCUGAACUUGACGAUGAGUCUGAACAUUCAGCAAGUUUAGAUGAUGGUCAAUCUCCAUACGAUGAUCGCCCAGGAAACGGGAAGGGGAUCAAAAGCUCGUGGCGUGGAGAGACGGCCAUCCCUGCUACACAUCAAUCUCGGAUUGAUACCGUAGAAGAAGGCGCUGAAUAUGAGGCUCGAUCUGAGUCUAGUCCUGGUAGUAGGGCACGUGAGAACCUCGUGGACGUGAGACUGGAGGAUUCCAUUCGCGGCGGCCUAGAUAUCGAGGAUCAUUCUCCCUCUUCGGUCCUGGGCGAUGACGCACCUAUUCAACGAUUUCGUGAACGACCAACUAUCAAACGAGACCGAUUCGGACUUACCCAAGAUGACACUUCGGGUGAAAUUAUCAAACCUGCUUCCUCAGAUGCCCGACGACCACCCAGUUCCGCUAGUUCAUUCCCGGCCUCGAUGUCACCCCUUGCCGCUGAGAAUAUAAUGCACGAUCCGUUCUGGGGCCAGCUUUUUGUGAUCUCACUCGCUGGUCUCUUUGCAACCGCAUUUCUUGUCUACCUGCACACCUCCACCCCAUCCGGAGACAAGUCGAAAUGGGGCGAUACCGUCUACUUUACCGUUCAUCGCUCUUUCUUUCUCCUCGGAGUAUACACGGUGGUAUCCAUAUUCGUGUCUCUUAUCUGGCUGGCCCUGCUGCGGUCGUACGUUAGACCUCUUGUCUAUGUCAGUAUUAUCGCAGUUCCCAUCAUCCUAUUCUCCUUCUCUCUGUACCCCUUCAUCUCCAGCUUUAAGGGUUCAUGGCAUGGAUCGAGUUUUCAAGAUAAGGUGAUGCGGUGGGGAUCCAUCGUUCCCUUUCUGAUGGCCUGUCUUUGGAGUUAUAAUGUUCUGCGAGGUCGUCGGGCAAUCGGCAAGGCCAUCAGCGUGCUUGAAUUCUCUUGUCGAAUUUUAGCCGCGAACCCAGAACUGGUUGCUUUGGGUCUGGGUGUGCUAGCCGGUAUCGUCGGAUGGACAUGGAUCUGGAUGCUUAUGUUUACUCGUGUGUUCCUGGGCGGUCAUUUUGGACAGAGAUCCUUUAUCAUCGACAUGAGCAGCUGGUGGCUGGGUGUCUACUUCGUGAUCAUCUAUCUCUGGUCAAUUGGAGUGAUCUCUGGUAUUCAGCGCUCAGUGACAGCUGCUACUGUAAGCCAGUGGUACUUCCACCGGCUAGCUAACCCAGCACCCACAUCUCGACAGGUCAUUAAGGCUGCGGUUAUUCAUGCUACCACGACCCUAUUCGGUACAAUUUGUCUCUCCCGCUUCCUCACUCUUCUAAUUCGACUUCCUCUCCUCCUGCUUCCGCGCCGGGUAGCUUCCCUGCUUAAUCUCUUCGCCUAUUCACUCAUCCCGAGUCCCAUCGCCUACUUCACGAACUCCCUCUCCCUUACCUACGCAGCAAUUCAUUCCCAGCCAUUGGCCACAUCAGCGCGUUGUUUAAGUCAGAUGACAGUUCUCAGUUCUUCAGCGACUUCAUCCACACUACAUCCACAGUCCUUUAACAGGACUCACGGAGCAACCCCAUCAUUGCUUUCAUACCGACUCUCCAAAUUAAUCCUUCACGCCGCGCGAUUCAUGAUGUCAUUAGCACUUGGUUUCGGUGGCUGGGUAACCACCGCUCGAACUCUACUUACAGCAGCAGAGGAAACCUCCAUUCGCGGGAGUUUAUAUGCCUACGUUGUUGGUUUGAUUGCAGGUGUGAUCGGAUGGAGUAUUCUCGGUGCGACAGAAAGCAUUAUCGCGGAUAUUGUGGAUGCAUCUGUGAUCUGCUGGGCUAGUGAAAUUGGUGUUAACGGCGAAGAAGCUCGAUACUGUCGUGAAGCGGGAUGGCUUUUUGGUGACUGUAACUCGGAAUUCCGAUCGGAUUAUCGAGAGGUUUAA